CGGCUCUACACCAUCGCGCUCUACUGGGCCGUGACGACGCUGACGACCGUGGGCUACGGCGACGUGUCGCCGCACAGCAGCGAGGAGAUGCUCUGGUCCAUCAUCGUCCAGUUCGUGGGCACGUGCAGCCUCGGCUACAUCAUGGGCGAGGUCACGGCCAUCCUGACGCAGGAGGACAAGUCCGCGGAGAUGAUCCGGGAGAAGAUCGACGCGAUCAACGCCUACAUGCGGUUCCGGAAGCUGCCCGUCGCGCUCCAGGCGCGGAUCCGGAACCACUACAGCCACAUGUGGAAGCGGACGACGGUCUGGGACGAGCCGCAGAUCCUGGAGGAGCUGCCGCGCACGCUCCGGGCCGAGGUCCUCGAGUCGAUCAACACCGCGCGCCUGCAGGGCAUCACGUUCAUCUACGACCUCGGCAACGUCGGCGACGAGGCGACGGCGCAGCUCUCGCUGCGCCUCACGCCCCAGCUCGCGCACCGCCACGAGCCCGUCGUCCGCGAGAACCACUUCGGCAACGACCUCUACAUCAUGUCGAGCGGCCGC